GGAUGCUGUUGACCUCCUGUUGACAAUGCUGAUCAUGAUGCCCAGCCGCAGCUUGUUCCAGAGCAUGUUCUUCUUGUAACUGUUGAUCAGCAUUGCGAGGGCAUGUCUGUCUCCGGAUUGCUUAGGCUUAGCAGGUGACCAUUUCGUGGCGCUGCAUUGGCGGAAAUUGUCGACAAUGCUGUCCCUCAGUUGCGCUGCUGGGGAGAGCACAACCAAUGGUGCAGAGAAUCAAGUUACAUUGACGCUGUCGCUUUCAGUCCCGAUGUGGGCCAGCUUGUAGGGUGGCCAAGGGUCUGAAAAGCCUGAAAUUUCGAGAUGGCAAAUCCUGCAAGGAAGCUGACAACUGGGCCCCAUGCAUUCAACCACUUCUGGCCCAGGCUGUGGCUCACCGCAAGAGCUCUGGGCUACGAGGCGCGGCAAUGGCAGAAGAAAGGGGAAUUGCCCGACUGCCUUUCUCCCCUUGACAACAUUGAUACACCCAUCUUUGUGCGUGGCGGAGAGUGGCUGUCUGCCCACCAAGAUCUCAUUGUCCCAUGCAAUCUGGGCAAUAUGGGCACUCAAAAUGCGGGCACAAAUGAAGCAGGUACAAAGAAAUCUGAUGUGGGCAGCCGCGCUAUCAGCAUUUACACAGGGGACAGCGAGGGAACUAGUUUGGGCGGCCAAGAACAUCUGUUGUGCAGCUCAAUGGGCACGUGCGUCCUCUUCAGUGAAGGGUCCCUCUGUACGAAGCAUCAGACAUUGGCCGCAGGCCCUCUUGCUUGCAAGGAGUGGUGAUGCGUGUCGACUCUGAAACUGGGACAGUGGAGCUCAAAAUGGCCAAAAGCUCAGGAAACUCCUGUGUGAUAAUCAAAAGAAUGACUCUGGAGCUGGCAAACAAGGACAUUUGGUGGUGCUUUCCUUUCUGGGUGGCAGCUCGUUACUUAGUGCAUGGGGGGAAGGUGCCGGUGGAAGCUGGGUUCUACUUUCUGGCGGAGCCCGGGCAGGAGUUCCAAGCGGUGACGGUCAACUGGGCGGACCAAGAAUUUCUGACAGAGAACAGCGUGGACGGCACCACAACAUCAAGUGAUCGGUGGCAUCUAGCAGCGCGAGCCACGGACAAGUCUCCAGUCGUGGCCUGCCUGUACGAGACGACAGCCUCUAGCACGUCUGUCGAGGGCGCAAGGUUCGAGUUCAAGGAACGGCCCAAAGUGAAGGAAGCUUGCAGAAAUUGGGAAGAGGAAUUGAGAACGGAAACGGGCGUAGUAUGCGAGACCAUCUUUACAAUCAAGCAAGCCGAAAUUGAUCUUAGCGACCUCUCUUCUCACGAAGAAUCUUCCGAUGAGGACAAGGAUAGCGACCCGGAUUUCGAAGAGGAGCUAAAUCAAAAAGCAAGGAGGGCGCACGGCAGAAAGAAGGCGGCGAAACGGAAGAGGGCGACCAAUGGAAGAAGCGGGCCUGCAAAGAGAAAAGAGAGGACUGCAGAUCAGAGGAAUCAUCAGAAAGAGGAUACCGCUGGUGCCUCUAAAAAGGGGCGCUAUGGGGAGACGACCCCGGUCAAGCAAGACUCAAAGUGGGCUCUGCAUCGCUCGCUCGCCCCCGCGCGCGGCGCGCUCAAGUCGGACAGUUUUUCAACCAUCCAGCUGGAGCCGGGCGACAAGCUGGGCGAGAAGCACGCGCACUACCGCGAGGCGUCCUGGUUCGGCAACGUGGAUCUGUUGCUUCAAGAAGAAGGCCUGAAAGCGGCCCGCGGCCUUGCAAUCGUCAGCCCUAACGUCCCAGGCCAAUCCCAGGCCGAGCCCAUCGAGUUCCCGGACUCAGACACUGAUGACGUCAGUCAUCCGCCUGCCCGGACGGCGGCUCAUGCCCACAGUCUGCAAUCGCCAAAAGCAGAGCCGGCAAGCCACGUCAGCACGCCGUCUCGAAGUGGCAAGGCGCUGGCUGCAGGGCCUGCAGGUGACGUCAACACAACUUCUAGACGUACUGCGGCACCAGUGGUAGCUGAUCACGGAGACUUUGUCAACACGCCGUCAGCAGGAGCCAAGGCGCCAAGGACAGAGCCCGGUGCCCACGUCAGCACGCCCGGCGGUCGACCGAAACUACUUAAGGUGAAGUAUCACGAGACAGGAAAACUAGGUUCACCUUCGUACGUGGUCCAAGUCCCCCGGUCCGAAAGCAUCUUUGAACUGAAGACGCAGGCGCGGCAGGCUUUAGCGGAGCCGGACGUGGCCGGCGAGAGCGUCCUCACGGCCAGGCUCCGGUGGACUUUCCUGGACGAAGACGGAAGCGAGGUGGAUAUCUCCAAGCACACGACCGCUGACAAUCUAGACCGGAGCCCUGCCAUCAAUGUGUACGUUCGAGCCUAACGAUAGCUUUUGACAAGCGGUGUAUUUCAGCAUUUCAUAUAAUGUCGUAAGCUCAUGUUGUGUUUGUUUUCCGAAAGAGGACGUUGUGGACCCGUUGUGGACUCCGGCUGUAAGUAGAUUAAGAGUCGGAACUGAGUAAAUUACAAUGUGGAAUCAAUGCAAGUUUGUGUGAAACGAGCUCUUAGACUCUUAUUAGAGUACAACAACUUUAUGAACGUUGUGUGAUCGAUUAGCAGCUCAAAAGUGGGUAAAACGUCAAGUUGCGAGCACGUAGUAGUGCAUAUCGUAUGAAGCUCCGAUGGAGCUGUGCCGCCAGCUCUCAUCCGUGUUGCUUCGCCCCAUGGUGGCUGCUGGCAGAGCUAGCUUUUAUGCAGAUUGAAGUGAUCAAAGGUAGAAACUUAGGCUUCUCUUUAUCUAGCUCAUAGACUUUCCGGCAGAUUGGGAGUAGAAUUUCUGCCAUGGAUUCAAAAUGGGAGUAGAAUUUCGUUAUUUCAA